CUCUCACAUCGCUUCGCUUCCUUCCGUUUCCCUAGCUGCCGCGAACGCCCGCCGUACACGGACACCGACAGCUAGGACGCGGCACUUCUCGUGCUGGGUUCGGGGAGCUGGAAGAAGAAGACUAGACCAGGUCGAUGGGGUACGCGCGGACGCUGAAGGCGGCGGCCGCGGCGGUGCUGGCGGCCGGGGGCGUGCGGUUCCUUGGUCCCGCGCUGGCGGCGUUCGUGACGGAAGAGCUGCCACGCGCACGCGCCGUGGCCGCCACCUGGCUCACGCCGCCGUACCUGUACCUCGUCAUCAACGCCAUCAUCAUCUCCAUCGCCGCGUCGUCACGCUUCCAGCCGAGCGACGGCGGUCGUCCGUCGGCCCCUUCGUAUGCCCCCGCCGCCGACGCCGGCGCCGGCGCCAUCGGAGUAGGAGGAGCGGGCGAGGAGAUAGAGCAGGACGGGAUCCAGCCUGCGGUUGCGUUGCAGGUGCCUGCGGCGAUGCCCCUGGUGGCAGUGAAGGCCGCGGCCGUCGCUGCUGUCGAGGAGCGGGAGCCUCUGGUGGAGGUCCACACUACAGAGGUGGCGCCGGUGCCGCCAGACGAGGUGGACGAGGACUACUCGAUUUCAAGGUCGACCUGGACGCCGCGUCGGAGGGGCGAGGAGCCGGAGGUGGCCGCGGAUGUAGAGACUAAGGUGCUGCCGUUCACCGACCUGACCAACUCCAGGGACAAGCCGCUGGUAUCGGCGAGGUUCAGCAGGAAGACGGCCAAAGCAAGCCCAGAAGGUAGCAGGGCUCUGCGGGUAGCGCGGCCGCGGAAGGAGGAGACGCUGGAGAGCACGUGGAAGGCCAUCACGGAGGGCCGGGGCCCGCCGCUAGCUCGGCACCUCAAGAAGUCCGACACCUGGGACGCCCGCCCGGGCCGCCGUCCGUCCGCCGGCGGCCGCAGCGGGGAGGUCGAUCCAGCGGCGGUCGCGCCGGCGGGGGCGAUGCGGAAGGCCGAGACUUUCAACGACGGUGGGGGCGCCGGAAGGAGCAAGGCGCCUCCUGCGCCGGUGCGGCGGGAGCCGUCGCUGGGGCAGGACGAGCUUAACCGCCGCGUGGAGGCGUUCAUCCACAAGUUCAACAUGGAGAUGCGGCUGCAGCGGCAGGAGUCGCUCAAGCACUACAGCGACAUGCUUGGCAGGGGCAUCCGUUACUGAGAAGGACUUGGUGCAAAUCGCUGCGGCUCGCAGGAAGGGUUAUAUGCCUUUCUCUUUUUUGUUCCGUGAUCGUUCUGGAUUUUGGUUCUUGGUCUCUGUAAGAUAUGGUUGUCAAAGUUACUCCCUAAAUGGUUUUGUCAAGCAACAAGGUGAUAAUGAUAGAUUUUG